CAGAGCGGCCGUUACAGCUAUGGCGCCGCUCACCGUCAAGGCCUACCUUCUGGGGAAGGAAGAAGCGGCCCGCGAGAUUCGCCGCUUCAGCUUCUGCGCCAGCGCCGAGCCCGAGCCCGAGGCCGAGGCCGCAGCGGGGCCCGGGCCCUGCGAGCGCCUGCUGAGCCGGGUGGCCGCCGUGUUCCCGGGGCUGCGGCCCGCAGGCUUCCAGGCGUACUACCGUGAUGAGGAUGGAGACUUGGUUGCCUUUUCCAGUGACGAGGAGCUGACAAUGGCAUUGACCUAUGUGAAGGAUGACAUCUUCCGUAUUUACAUCAAAGAGAAGAAGGAGUGCCGGCGGGAGCACCGCCCCAUGUGUGCUCAAGAGGUGCCUACCAGCUUGGUGCAUCCCAAUGUGAUCUGUGAUGGCUGCAAUGGCCCUGUAGUGGGGACCCGCUACAUGUGCAGUGUCUGCCCGAACUAUGAUCUGUGUGCUGCCUGUGAGGGCAAGGGCAUGCACAGCGAGCACACCAAGUUUGCCUCCUUCAGCCCCAUGAUGCACACUGAGGGUGUGGCUCAUAGCCGCUGGCUCCGGAAGCUGAAACAUGGGCACUUCGGGUGGCCAGGCUGGGAAAUGGGCCCACCAGGCAACUGGAGCCCACGUCCUCCUCGGGCAGGGGAUGCCCGCCCCAGCCCCAAUGAAACAGCUGCUGGUCCGUCAGAGGAUCCAAGUGUUAACUUUCUGAAGAACGUAGGGGAAAGUGUGGCAGCUGCGCUCAGCCCCCUGGGCAUUGAAGUUGAUAUUGAUGUGGAACACGGAGGGAAACGAAGCCGCCUGACAACAGUCUCUGCAGACAGUGCUAGCACAGAGAAGUGCAACUCACAGCCAAGCAGCUGCUCCUCCGAGCCCAGCAAACCUGAAGGCAGUGUGGAGAGCGGGACGCAGUCUCUGGCAGAGCAGAUGCAGAAGAUCGCCUUGGAGCCAGUAGGACAACCUGAGGCAAGCCUGCUCUCCCAGGCCCUGGGAGGGACAGAACAGAUGGAGUCCGAUAACUGUUCAGGAGGAGAUGACGACUGGACUCAUUUGUCUUCAAAAGAAGUGGAUCCAUCUACGGGUGAGCUCCAGUCUCUGCAGAUGCCAGAAUCAGAAGGGCCAAGCUCUCUGAACCCUUCUCAGGAUGGCCCCACAGGGCUAAAGGAAGCGGCACUGUACCCACAUCUGCCACCAGAAGCGGACCCUCGGCUGAUUGAGUCGCUCUCCCAGAUGCUGUCCAUGGGUUUCUGUGAUGAAGGUGGAUGGCUCACCAGGCUCCUGCAGACCAAGAAUUAUGACAUCGGAGCUGCUCUGGACACCAUCCAGUAUUCGAAGCACCCACCGCCCUUGUGACAAUGUUGCUCACCUCAUCUGUACCCCUCAUUUGUCUCAAUAGUUCUGUUAAGGUAGAGUAGAGCAGCAAGUUCUUGGAAAGGUCAAUUUCUAUGCAUUCUUCCAGAAUCUGGGGGUGGGAUGCAUGAGUCAUUUAGGACAGUAGCAGCAGCAAUAUGAGGGGGCUGUUCAAAGUUUGUGUCUGUUUGAGGACUUAGCUGUUGUUGAUUUUGAGCUUGUUCUUGUCCCUCUGCCCCUGGGGUCCUACCAGCAGUCAAGAAUAUAGCCUGCCUAACGACCUUCAGCUUUUUCUUAAGUGACUGACAGUAUGCUGACAUUUAGUAGUUCAUCGUUAGAAACCUGAUACAUUCUAAUUUCAUCAGGAAGCAAGAGGAGAGCAGUCCCAAAGCAGGUCUGGGGACGGAAUGGGGUGAGGACAGGACAGCCUGGUGCCUUGCCUUUGGUGCUUGCGGACUAAAGUAGGGCUGCUGAGAGCUGGUUGAAGGGGUAAAUCUGAGAGGUUGGUUUUCAUGGAAUGCUUCCUCAUCCCUAACCAUGACCACUCUCCUUGUGUCUGUUGCUUCUGAAGUAUGAUCAUCCCUUUGUAGCCAUGUUUGUAAGCAACUUAAAAUUAAUAUGCUGUUAAGUAAUCACACAUGUUGUCCUCUGGAAUAAAAAAUGGUCUGUUUCA